AGGUAAGAGGACUGGAAUCUUCGCGUGGAUUUCUGCAGAUUGCGUUAUCUAAUUAUCAAAACAGAGGCGUCGAGUCAAAGCGUCUCUAGAGGAAUUCGCUCCACAUCGAGCUGAUUGUUGAGGUGGAGGUUUCACUCUCAUUUUGACGGCCCAUACAGUGCUAAAUCGCCCUUAUGCUAAUUACGGUGUAUUGACAAGAGUUUAAGACACGUCCAAACAUUCAAGUUGCACAGCGUCAGUGUUUUACAUCAGGUUCGCUGCGUGUUCGGGAAUCAAUUUCGUGGGACACAGUCGGUUUUGGACGAAUCUAAAGUAAGGGAGGCAGCGUUUGAAGUGACUCAUUUGAUUCCUCGUCACGUCACGUGACUGAUGCCGCCUGGGUCUACAAAGACGACGACAGAAGACGGCCCCGCAGCAAAUCGCUAGAUUACCUCUCCCAAGAUGAGAGCAUUGACAUUGAUUUAUACAUUGUGCGGCGCCUAACCAAGGACAUGGCAGACCGAGGACGGAAGCUAGGAAUUCAUCUCCAAUCGUUGCACGAGCAACUCCCAGCAUCAGAUGCCAAUGAUGAGCAAUAUCUCCCGGAAGAGCUGGCGGACGAGCUACGGAAGCGGACCACUUCGGUGGAUAGCGAGAUUAAACAGCUGGAGAACCAAAUGGGACAGCUCCAACGGACUCUGGUCAAGGGGAAGGCUCGCAGGGAGAGUAUAAAGCAUAGGAUAUCAGUAUCCAGCACCCCAGCCGGAUCUCGCAAGGUGUCAGCCAUGACCCCCUAUCUCCCCACCCCAGAGCAACCGGAAGAAAUGUCCAAGGAAGAUCUGAAGGCAAGGCUAGAAGCGCUGGAAAACGAGAAACAGGAAUUAUUAGAGGAUAAGAAAGACUUGAACGACGAAAUCAAAUUCUUGAAGUAUCAACUACAGUAUAGACUCGAGGUUCAAAAUUUACAGUCGGAACGAGACAUGAACCAGCAGUCGGAAUCUCACGUUAAAUUGGAGAAUGAAAACAAAGCUUUGAGGGAGGAGAAUAAGGAUUUGAAAGAGCGCUUGUCUGUGAUCAGGACAAAACUAACGGAAAGUGGAAACACGGAGGAAACUUUGCUGAGCGUGACAGACGUGGUGGAUUCGGAGGACGGGCGAGAUGAAUACUUCAUGGAAAGUGAGCUGGACAGAUUAUACACGGAGAGGAAAAUACUUCUGUCCACAAUCAUGAGGAUGCAAAAUCUGGAUCGAGAAGAUCCCAGGAAAGAUUCUGUCCCAUCCACGGAUUAUGGUGUGCAGUGUGAUUUAGAUUCGCCCAGGGAUCAUCCGGACAGCCAAGGGUCAUCGCUUAUUGCGAAACUCACGAAUGAGAUUGAAGCUCUGAGGAAGAGCUUGCAUGAAGUGGAGCACGAGAAUGAGGAACUGUCGGAUGAAAAUCGUGCCUUGGAUGAAGAGAAUGCGAAACUUACGGAAGAGAAACGAACGCUUGAAGACACUAUUAAUAAGCUUAGAGCUCAGAUUAACGAUACCUUGGAUACGACUCUUGAAGAAAUAGAACACUUGCAUUCAUUUAAUGAGGAGUUGGAGUCUAAGCUUAACCGUACCGACGCGCAGGGUCGAGUAUUAUCACAGUCGCUGAAGGAGUUAAACAACAGGAACUACGAUGCGCUGGAGAAUGUGCUAAAUGACAUAGAGCAUAAGUCUUCUUUAAGCGAUGCCAUCGAUUAUCUGAGAAAGGAAAUCCGUAGAAUUAAAGACGACAGUAAUGAAUUCGUUGAACGUAAUCCCAAGAUUGAGAUUCAGGAUAAAUCCAAUGAAAGCAAAGACUUGACUUCUAAUCUCCUUAAUGAGGUUAAAACAUGUAAGGAGAUGCUAGAGUCGCAGAGGUCACACAUACGUGAGCUUCAAAUGGACAAGCGAGAUAUCGAAGAGGGUUACGCUAAAAUGAGACGUGAGCUGCUCAUACUUAGAUCGAACAGACAAAAAGAAAGGAAAAAGGAGUGGCUAGCCAAGCGAAGGGCAAAGUCAAUGAAUGACGGACUAGCCAUGGACCAAGACUCGGAUAGAACAAUAAUGGAUGAGAACGAUUCGCUGAAAAGGGAGAUCAAGAGAUUACAUUCAACCAAGACACACCUGGAUGAUGUCAUCCUUGGAGUCAAGAAGGAUAAGCAGACUCUGGAAGAAGAAAAGGUUUGUUUAUUGGGGUCUUUGUACCAUCAACUUGAGCGUAACGAGACACUUGAAGUCCAGGUUGAGGAGCUGACAGCUGUCCUGGAGCAGUGGGAAGCAAAGUCGGAUCUCCGAGAUAGUGGGUUCUUCUUGCCAGAGGAAAAGCAAGAAAACACACAGAGUGAUGAUGCGAGUCAAGAGACUGGUGCUCAGACGACUGGUGAAGAUAAAGGAGUGUUGGAUACCGUGGGAAGCAAGCCGGUCACACCUGCUGAGCCUGAAAAAGACACGCCCCCUGAAGAUCAACCAAUUAGUGAUCAUGAAGAUGAUGCGGACGAAAAGGACGAGAAGUCCCGUAUGAAAAAUGCUCUCGUUACUGUUGUGGAUUCAGCAACUGGCGAAUCACAAGAAAUGAAACACAAGAUUCACACGCUCGCGGAGAGCCUUAAGAGUGUUCAGGAAUCCGUUUGUGACCUAGAAAUUGAACGGGACAAUCUCCAGUUGGAUUUGGAAGAGAGCAAGAAGAACGAGAAGGAGCUGAGGGCUGUUAUCGUGCAGUUGAAGCGUGAAAAUAGCAGUACAAGGGACAAGCUUGUGAAAGCCAACGACCUUGCACAAACAUUACAGGACUGCUUGAAAGAGGCCCACGAUGAGAAAGAAGACCUUAAAGACUCGCUGGAGGAAGCCAACGAUGAAAAGAUCGUUGCAAAGAAGCAUUCCGAGCUUCUUGAUGGCAGACUGAAGGAGGUUACUCAACAAAGAGAUGCACUCAAAACUGAGGUUGAAUCCCUCAAGGCCGAUGACGAUGAGCUUAAGGCAAAGUGUGAGAAAGCUGAAGAAAAGUUGAAGGAGAUUCACAAGAUGUUAGAUGACAUUGGAAAACUUUCACCAAGCUCCGAGGAAGAGGGAGAAGAGGAAAAAGUUGAAUUUGGGAAAACAGAAAAGUCGAAAGAAGAUGGAGAAAAAUGCAUUGAUGAACUUGGCAAGGACAUCAUCUCCUGGCUUGGGACAGUUUUCGUUGAUGUGCACCGCGCAAAGAAGGAACUAAAGCGAACAAAUUCCGAACAAAACCGAUUGAAAAAUCGCCUUGAUGUUGUUAUCACAGAGAGAGAAGCUCUUCGGAAAUAUGUACGUGAAGUCGACGACAAGAAAAGACAAAUGAAGAUGUUCAUCACCAAGCUGACAGAAGAGAAGGAGAAACUUUCAGAGCAAAUAGAUGACACCCGGCAGCAAAAGACUAACCUUGCCGACGCCUUGGAAAAUGUCUAUCAAAGUAAGGAAAAGUUACAGCAUCGGCUCGAUGAGGCCCUUUGCAAGCAGGAUCAGUAUAAGAACUCGCUCGUAGAGGCUGUAGACGAGGCCAAGACCCUAAAGGAAUCUCUUUAUCGUAUCAUUAACGAGCAUGAAACUAUGAAGGAGUCGCUUUUGAAUGCUAAUCGGGAGAUUGGUCGGCUGAAGUGUGAGAAUACGGCGAAGAAUCUCGACGCAGAUAGGAAGGAGGAUCAAGAAGACGAAGAAGUUCAGCGCGAAGGCGAGAACAACAAAGAUAACACUGCAGCGGAUGUAGCGGAGACGAACGCCUUGAAAGAACGGGUUCAGAACCUGCUCGAGGCUGUAGAGACAGCAAAAAGCGACCUCAAAACACUACAAAAAGAAAAAGACGAAACGACAAAAUCGGAAAAUGAACUCAAAACCACUGUUAAGAUACUUACGAGGGAAAAUGAAAUACUGAAGUCACAUUUUGAGAAACAUGCUGCCGAGAUCGACGGUAAAGAGAUUAUUGCAAGUUUUACCGCUGAAAAAGAAAGUGCUCCUUCAGGAACCUUGGAAGUAACGGAAGGUAAAGCAAAGGAGAGUCCCCAGGACCAGAAAGCUCAAUAUCCCUUGUUAUCCGGGCUUUGGAACCAACUAAAAGUGUUAGGGACAGAAGUCCAAAGUUUGCAAACACGCAUUAGUGAGUUGCAGAGAGAAAAUGAGAACCUUAAUCAAACUAUACAGGAAACGUCUGAUAAAAAUGAGAGGCGUGUGGAGGAGUUAAUUUCUGAAAACUCGAAACUGCGAGAGAAUACAUCACUUGAGAAAAAAGACAAUAAUGAGGAAGAAGUUCAGCAACUGAGGGAAUGGUACGAUGUCAUUUGUAAAGAGAAGGAGCAGCUAGAGAGAGAACUCGAGUGCACGACUAAAGAUAAUGAAGAUCUGAUGCAGGACUUCAAGAGGGUAAGCGCAGAGAAGGAGGAACUUAGGAUUUGCCUGGGGAAUCGAGAGGAGGACAGGGCUUCAAUGGAGGACGUGAGGGAAGAGGGCGAGAUGAAAGGAUAUUCGAAAAGUGAUAUUCAACAGCUUAUGGAAGGUAUCGAGAAAGAAAAUGAAGCUCUAAAGGAGAAACUUCAGGAAUCUGUGAGCCACGUGGAACAGCUUGAGGGUGCGCUCGAGGUGAUUAAAGAAGAAAACGACCAGCUGAGGAAAAUGGAGGCUGAUGGACAAGAGCUGCAAGCAGAUUUUGAGAAGCAGCUUGAAAGUCUUGUAGAAAGCACAGAUCAACUGAUGCAAGAAAAAGUCGAGGUAAUACAGACGCUAGAAGGACAAAACGCAAAGAUUGAGGCAGAGAAAGAACAACUACUUUCUGAACUUAAAACGCAGAAAGAGAAGCUAAAUACUGUUAUUGAGGAAUUAGAUGACACGAAAUCAACGCUGGAAAUAAUCAAAGAAAGCAAUGAAAAAUUGAAACAAAGAAACAAAGAAUGCGAAUUGAAGAUAGAAGAAUCGAAAGGCGAUAAGAACAAGGAAGGUUUGAUUUCAGUUGAUGAAGCGUCAAAAGAGGAAGUACCGGAAGCUGUCGCGACAGAGUCAUUAGAAACCUUAGAAGCAGCACCUGGUGACGGUAUGGGUAGAUUAGAUAUCGAGGAUGAAUUGGAUGACGCACUAAACGUCUACCAGCAGUUAAAAACCGCAUUGGACGCUUCUAACGAGGAUAAUGUGUCUCUGAGAGAACGAGAAAACAAGUACUUAGCACUUCUUGCUGAAUCGGAGAAAAAGAUUGAUGAGCUAAUGGUGCAGAAGGACAAGCUUCUUAAAGAAAAGGUAGACCUUGUCAACUCAUUGCACGAGAAGAUGUCAGAAAUGAAUGACGAGAAAGACAAGCUUGACGAUGAAAAUAAGCAGCUGCUAGAUGAAAAGAGUCGAGAAGUCACGGACCUUAAAGGUGAGGUGAAGAAAGCACAAGACGAUGCAGACUCCGUGAAAAGGUUGGUGGACGCCAUUAUUGAAGAGAACGACACGUUGAAGCAGAGCGAACAUGACUUGUUGGCAAUACAAGAGGAUCUCGAACACACGAUUGACGAGCUAGUUGCAGAAAAGCAGAAGCUAAUCCAGGAAAAUUCAGCACUAGUGAGCUCGCUGCACGCAGAGAAAGAAGAGAUGUAUAAGACGAUAGAAAAGCUACAACAGGAAAGAAAUAUGCUGCAUGAAAGUUUUAUUGCGACUGAAAAUGACUUGGAAAUAUCAAUAAAAGAGACAGUUAAUCUUGAAAAACAAGUCGAAAUGCUAUCGCGGGAAAGUUCGACAAUGAAACAAGAAGCUGAGGAAAGGAUCAAGAAGCUGAUAGAGCUGGAAGAGAAGGCUAUUGAAACGAUGGAGAAGAAGCUUGAGAUUGCAGAAUAUGCAGCAGGUUUGAAAUACAAAAAAGAGUCACUAGAAAAGAAGUGUGCUGAACUCUCUGCUGAGAUUCAAAACCUUCAGCAGUCUCGAGAUGUUACGGCGGCAGACAAAUCUAGAAUUAACGAUGAAGUCUGUCAACUAAAACUUACCAAUGCUAAGACCGAAGCAGACCUAGCUGAGACUAGGAAUGCCCUAAGGAUAGAAAAGCAAGAUAUUGAGGUGCUUAAGAUCAAGUUGGGUUCAAUGGACAGAAAAAACAAGGAGCUAGCUGAUGAACUGAGUAAAUCGAAAAACCUAGAAAAUGGAAAGGCAACAGAAAUGGUAAAGAAAAACGAGGAAAAGAAUAACGAAAUCGAGGAGAUGAGAGAAAAGAUGAGGAAAGCGAACGAUGAAAUCGAAAAGAUCCUUUCCAAAAACUCUAAGCUUAGUGAUAUUUUAAAUGAACUGAAUUCAGGGAUCGAAAACAUUCUGAACGAGGAAACCCUGCCGGACUCUGACCCAAAUGUCAAACUUCAGAAGUUACGAGAGAAAAUCGAAAACCUGGAAAAGCAGGUGAAUAAUGUUAAAGAGGAGGCGGAGAAGAAUGUUCAAGAAAAGGACCAGCUUACUGGAUUCCUGCACGAAGUAAACCAAGAAAUGGACGUUAUUUUGAAAGACGAUGUGCAGAGGGUGUCGGUACAAACUUCUGAAGCUGUCAUUAGUGAACGAGUAAAAGGCGAACACGGGCAAAAUGGUUUUGAUACAGAACCUGCGGAAAGUAGCAAAGGCAAGUCUGAAACAUCACUUAUUCAGUUAACAUCUAAGAUUGAAAAACUAAAGGUGCAAUUACAAGAGAGCUCUGAGAGGGAAAGAAACUUGCUGGAGCAAUUGCAAUAUGUGAGGGACGACAACAAGCGAUUUACCCAGGAGAUCACUACAAAAACUAAUUUCCUCAAGACAAUAAACGCAUCCCUACAAACCCUAGAACAAGAAAAUAAGCAAUUUGCAAAGAAAGCAGCCGAUAAAGCUAUGAAACUUGAUGAGACUAGACAGAUGUGCAGUGACCUGAAACAAGAAGUUGUUUCACUGACAAAUGAACUUCAAGUGAUUAAAAGCAGUAAGAGAGAACUCGAAGAUCGGUUUAAUGACCUCGAGAAAGAGCACGAUGUAUGCCGACAAUUAACUACCGAGAAACCUCUUAAGCCUGUGGAGCACGAUUCUCUCCGUGAAUCGCCGUCGUGUCAAGAAGAAGUUUUGCAAAAUCAAGAAUCAAUUCAGGAGAUUGGUGCAGAAUUUAUGUUGGGAUCACCUAUAGAUAGCAUCCAAUCGGAGCAGGUUCCUUUGGAAAAAGAAUUCGUCGUAGAGGUUGAUUCCCAGGUAAUGGAGGCAUGCCCAGAAGAUGUUGAUAGUACAACGCAGUCUCGAGAAAUGCAGAAAACGGAGGUAAUGCCAUUAGAUCGAUCUGAAGUAAUGAGAGCAAACUUAGAUCGAAUUGUAGCACUAGAAGAAGAACGAAACCAGCUGAAGAAUGAGCUCAGACUUUCUGAAGACAAACUUCACGAAGCCGAGCAAAAGUUCGAGAAAUUAGAAGUUGCUUUAAGCCAGCUAGAAAGUAUAUCCGAAGUCUUUCAUUCUGGGACUGAGAAUGUCGACGCUUUGAAAAAGGAAAUAAGAGAUAGAGAUAAGUCAAUUGGGGAAUUAACGGAGAAAAUUGAAACCCUCGAAAAGGACAACAGCAGUGUUCAAUCUGAGUACAAGGAAACUAAGGAGAAGCUGAAAAAGCGAUCUAGCAGUUUACAGGAAAAGCUCGGCGUGUCUAAGAAUUUUAUGCAGAAAAUUUUAGAUGAGAACGAGGAGCUAAAAGGGCGAAUUGCAGAUAUAGAAAAAUCCAAUGCGAGUUUAAGUGAAAGCUUAGAAAGCUUGAGGAAGACCGAUGAAGCUUUAAAAGUCAAAUUUGAGGAAGUGAUGGCGGAGAAAAGUGAUCUGAAUCUGAAGUGUUCUAAGACGGAGGGUGAGGCAGCGGAAUUGCGCGAACGCCUUGUUGCACGAAAAGAUCUGAUGCAUUCGCUUGAAAAAGAUCGUGAGAACUUCAAAACCAGUCUCCGUGAAUCACAAAAACAAAACGAAGAUCUAACGUCUAUGGUUAAUGAGUUAAAGGAGGAAAGAAGAAACGAGAAACAAAAAAAGGAAGAGGCCGAAGGUUUAGUGGAAAAACUGAAAGUACAACGGAACCAGAUGAUCAAAGAAAUAGAAGAGCUCAAGUCAGAGAAGGGACUACUCGAACAGAAACAACAGAUGCAAGAUGAAGCCCAGAAAUUGAGAAAUGAAAUUGAAGUUUUGAAGAAGCUUCACGCUAUAGCUCUCGAGGACGUAAAUCAGAAAUCAGAAAAAGAUCUAAGACGAGAGAAAAUGAAAAAGGAACGCUACGAGAAAGACGUAGAAAGUCUGCGAAAACAAAUGAAUGAUGACAAGAACAGAGCAUACAAGCAAGAAACUCUGAUACAGUCUAUAAAGACUGAAAACGAUAAAUUUAAGAAGAGAUUAGAACAGGAGAUCAAGGACAAGGAAAACAAAAAUUUGGAGUUACAGCGUUUGACAAACCAGAUUGAGGAUUUUAAGACGAAACUCUCAGAAGUAGAAGGGCGAGUCAAGGCAGCUAACAGUGAGAAAAAGACAAUAGAGGACGAAGUCAAGAAGCUGAGGGUAACUAAUAGUGAUCUGCGCAUGCGCAUAGAGGAAACCGUUGAAGAUAAGGAGGAACUCGAGGAAAUUCUUGGAGAGAUGCGCGACAAGAGAAAGAGGCUACAUGACGACAUCGAGAAGGCGCUGAAUGAGAGGGAUGACUUUGAAGAUGAACUCUUAGAGUUAAAGAAGAAUGUAAAGCUCGACAAGGAGGGCACCGACUUGCAAAUUAAUACACUGAAAGAAAAGCUUGAGGCUACUGAAAAAGCACAAGCCCCUUUGCAAACAAAGAUAAAGGAACUGGAGCGUAAAACUAUACAACUUCUUCGCGAAAGACGAGAUUCCAAGAGAGAAUUCGAAGGAAAGCUGUCUGAGAGUGAAAAAGAACGGAGCCCGUUGUUAGAGAAAAUUGAAGCAUUAGAGAACGAAAAUAGAGACUUAGUUAAGCAAUGUAAAGAGUUAAGCCGAAAUUUACUUGAAAGAAGAAGGGAGACAGAAGCUGUGAAAAAAGAAAUGGUAGCAACAGAAAAGAAAGUUAAACUCUUCCUUGAAAAACAAAAUCUGUUGGAGGAAAAGCUGUUGCUGCUGCAGAAGACAAAGGAAGAGCUUCGGCAAAAAGAAACCGAGUUACACGAAGCAAGAGAAGAAAUAACAGUCUUGAUGAACCGAAUAGAAAGCAGUAAAGAUAAACAGAUCAAGAAGGUCAUGAAAGCUGUUUGCGAAGACAUCGAGGCAGUUGAAGAGAAAGAGCUUCACGCAGCUGUGGUGGACCAAUUGGACAGUGCACCUUCCAAUAGUGCUGACAGAGAAGAAGUCACGAGACUCAAAAUAGAAAACAUGCGAAUGAAAGCACGUCUCGAAGCCGCCGAUGGCAAGCUAAUGAACCUUCAAGACGAGCUUCACAAAACAUCGAAGGAUCGCGUCAUCGAUGAGAAGACAAUCAAGGACAAGGAAAGUGAGAAUAAAACCCUCAAAGAAGAGGAACAAGAUUUGAAAAGGAGAUUACGCCAGGCCGACAACGUUCAGCUCAAUUUAAGGAAAGACCUAGAGGAUUUACAAAAAGAAAAAGAAGAACUUCGCAAGGAAAACGAAAAUCUCAAAAAACGGAAGCUUUCCAUAGUCGAGAAAGUAAAAGUGACGUCAUCAGAAUGUGCUGUAGCGUCUCAAGUCUCUCAAGUCCCGGAUCUUGGCUCAGAGCCUGUUGCUAAGGCGUCAUCUAUGGAAAGCGCCCAAAAUGAAAUCAUCAUGUUGGAAAACCAGGCGAAGAAUUUACGCAAGCAGAUUCUGAAGGCUAGAGAUAAGAACUUUGAUCUUACUCACGAGGUUUCUGACAAGGAACGCCAGCUGAGGCUACAGGAAAGGCUCCACAAUGAAGAGACCAAGAGACUGAAGGCAGAAAUAGCCGAACUUGAGAAAGAACUCGACAAAGUCAAACGUGAGUUGCAACAUUCCGUCGAGUUUGAACGCAAGAGAUCAACUUUUUCAACUGUAAAAGAACUACACGGGAUGCACCGCAAGACUGAGGACGAAAUGAAAGAAGUUAUCGAGAAAACAGCGGAAUAUUUAAAACGCUCUAAAGAAGGUACUUGUCUUGACAAUGAUGAUAAGAAAACAAUAGAUGCUGUCAUCGAGGAGAAGCAGAAGAUAGAGCGAGCUCUUGAGGAUUCCCAGAAAACAAAGGAAAGACUUCUAAGAAGACUCAAGAAAACAGAAGAAAAUAAUAGCAUGCUUAGGGAAAUUGUCGCUGAUUUGGUAAUUGAAGUUGACAAAGUACGCCGACUUGUUGGAUUUUACACCGGAAUUGGAGGAACAGUGGACGAGAACGGCACAAAAUCGUCGGACAAGGAAAACCUUGUAAAAACACUGGAUACCAUGUCACCAAGUGAUACCGAGGAUUUGCAAGUCACCUUGAACGGCUUACGAACAAAGAUACAAGAGCUUGAAAAGGGACUUCAAGAACAGAAAGAAAAAGGCGACAGUAGCCUACACGAACUUUUAAAAAGCCGAAAUAGCAAACUAGAAGCUGAGCUGAGCAAUACGAUCAAAGAGAAAGAGAGGGCUCUUGAGAAGUUGAGGUACAUACAGGAUGAACUAAGAAGAAUCAUCGAAAGUGGAGGUACGAAAGAGGUUAAUUCGCGUCAAGCGAUUCAGAAGCUGGUAGAAUCUCUGGUGUCAGAGCGAGAGGAACAGGAAACUAUUCAGAGUGAAUUCUCAAAACUUCAAAAUCGAAUGAAAGACAUGGAACAGACCGAGCAGAAUCUUAAACUCAAACUUGGACGCCUAAAGGAGGAAAUAGAAACGAUGAACAAAAGAAAGACAAGUCUGGUAAAAGAAGUAAGAGAAACACGUAACAUCAAGGAUGACAAGGGGAAGGAGUCAAAGGGGCUCCCAGAAAAGAUUCAGGCGCUUGAAGAAAGGAAUAAGAAGCUUGAAGUUCAAGUCAUCAAGGGUAAGCAAGCGUACGAUAAGGUGACGCGUGAUCAAGAGACCAUGAAACAAAGAACUGAGGCACUUGUCAGCACUAUUAAGGAAAUCGAAGACGAAAAAGAAUCCCUCAUACAGGAAACCCACGUUUUCAAACGAAAACUGGAAAGCCGAAUCAAAGAAUUAACAGAAUGCAUCGAGGGAAAAGAAUUGGAAGCAAUCUCGUUAAGAGCUCAGAAUGAAGGUCUUGCUACUUCUGUAAGGAAACUUGAAGGUCAAGUGAGAGUUCUAGAAAAAGAUAAGGAUAUCUUGAACUCUAGCGUCAACCAUGCAGAGACGAGAAGACACCAGCUUGAGAUGGCUCUCCAGGAACAACACGAUGAAAUUCAGGAGAUGAUACUACAGAAGAGCAGGGAGAAUUUUGUCGGUGAGCAAUUAGAGAAACUCUUUUAUGAAAACACACGUCUCAAGGAACAGAAAAAGAUUCUGCAGUCGAGAAUUGAAAGCUUGGAAAAGGAUCUAAAGGUUCAGAUUCACACCAAAAGGGAUUCAGAGAGUGACCGAGAAGAUCUCCUUGUCAGGCUUGACAAACAACAGGAGGAGCUUAGGAGGAUGAGAGCACAAGCAGAGCAUUGGAAACGGAUGUUGGAGAAACACGACGCGGAAUCACAGCUACAGAUUGACGCGAUGUCAAAGCUGGUGGAGAAACUCAGACAUGAGAAAAAGCUGCCGGACAACAGAGAAAGUGAUGUUGAUCAGAGAAAUCAGGAAAUCGCAAGGCUAGAGGAGGAAAACAGCUAUCUGCGCGGGCUACUCGGAAAGUCUAUAGAAGAAGCGAAAAAAGAACCUGGAACUCAGCUAAUAACGGAAGAUUUAAAUCGACUUAAAAAAGAAAAUACUAAACUGCGCGAGCUAUUGAAUAAUGCCCAAGAAGACGCUAAGAAACCUGUAUCUGAAAAUAUGGAGAGCUUCAAACGUAUUGAAAAUGAAAAUGAGCACCUACGUUCCCUUUUGAAGAAAUCUGAAGAUGAAGCCAUAGAGAUAAAAAAAGAAAACAGUUUAUUACGUAGAGCGUGCGAGCAGUUACGAGACAGAAGGAAUGCAUCGCGUGAGAGCUUGCGUGAGAGCUUCACCUCAUCAACCAGCCACGCGUUACCCAACAACUCGUUAAGACCUAGAGAUGAGUCACGGGGAAGCUCAUCAUCGUCGUUUUCUGCACAGAAUGGUCAUCUAUCUCCGCGCAAACCCUCGAUGCAAAGAGGGCAACAACAAAGAAGCUCGACAUCUUCUAUUUCAUUGGUACAGUCUACUCAGUCUACUAAGGAGGUCAAAGUAAAGAAGGAGGGGCCAGAAAAAAGAUCCCCUCAUUCCACAAGACAAGUGACUGUACAGAGAGGACCUCAAGGAGGAAGUUCUGAGCAGUCCACUAGGGAAAUUACCAUAACGAGGGAGAGCCCGGAAAGAAGAUCUGGUCAAAGAACACGGGAAGCCGUUGUACAAAGGCAUGGACCGGAGGAGACUUCGGGACAACUCACGCAGGAAGUCAUCUCACAGAGCCCGGAGGAACUAUCUGUUCAGUCCACUAGAGAAACCAUAAUAGAGAGGGAAGAGCUAAAGAGAUAUCCUGGCAAACCAACAAGGGAAGUCAUUAAACAGAGGGAAGAUCCAGAGAGAAAUUCUGCUCAGCCCACAAGAGAAGUCGCCGUGAAGAUGGAAAGCCUGGAGAGAAGUCCUAGUCAGAGAGAAGUCACAGUUUAUAGGAGAUACCCAGAAAUGAGCUCUUCAUCUUCAACAUCAAUUUCUCGUCAAACCAAGGAAGCUAAAGUUGAGAGGAUAGUGGCUGACACGCGUCAAACCUCAACGUCACGCUCCCAACCAAGGGAUCCCCCAGUGCAAAGGAGCAACUCUCAAAGAUCAUCAUCUCCAACCAAAGAGGUUACAGUUCAGAGGUCUAGCUCACAGCGAGGGCCCCCAUCACCAUCAGCACACAAGAGUCUGCAGUCUUCUCAUCAGGUACAAAGAAGUGACUCAGAAAGAGCUUUUUCGUCCGUAUUGAAUGAUCCACAGGCUGGUGAUGUUCAUACUGGGGAAGUGAUAACACAAACCACAGCCACUUCACUUAGGGUCCAAGCAAGCUUCCCACCGAGCGCUGGCUACAGGGAGAUCUCACUAUCUGUUCCUCGUUCAAGGAACAAGGAAGAAACUCUUAAUCAACAAUCUUACAAAUUCUCAUACAAAACAACACCACAAGAAAGUAUUCUAGCAAAUGGGUCAGCAGAAAGAAUGGAGGAAAGUCAGUGGCACACAACCCCAAGAGAGCGCAGGGAUCCGAGGAGAUCGCCACAGUCAGGACGCCGAAGCCGCUCACUACCAAGGCAUAGAGGAAGGUCAUUAGAGGGCCAUGGGGACGAGUACUCAAGGCACUAUUCCUGCAGCCCUAUCCUGAACGCGAUGGGAAAUUGUCCAGUUCAUCAACAUGCAGCAGGCGACCCAUCCCAGCAGCAGUGCCCUGUCUGCAAGAAGGAGAGAAGCGUAGGAGGAAGAAGAGAAAAUGGAAUAACUGAGAACUAUGUCUAAAAAUCAGCUAUUGCAAGGUGACAUCUUGAAACAUUUUCCAAAAAGGUUGCACGGUCAGAAUCAUUGUGUCGUAGAUUGUAUAGUGGUUAUAAAUGAUAUUAGUCUUUGAAAGCUUUCAGCUUUCCAGACUUGCACUUGUUUUACUUGCAAUUGUCUGCAAAUUAGAAUACAUGGAUUCCCACAGUUGCAACUUUAUUUGGAAUAGGUUCAUACUACUUAUUGUUGAGCAGUGAUAUUCUAGUGGACAGCAAAGGCCUAUCUUUAAGAUUAUGCAAGCAAAUAUUAAGACAAUAUUAAUGCUUAAAAACAUAUACAAUACCUUUUAAGGUAUUAAAAUAUUUGUUUAAAACAUUUGUUUGAAAGAUCUGCACAUUUUCUGCAUGAAGUACAAAAUAUAUACCAAAAUAUAAUAAGGAACAUAUUUUUCAAAGAAUCUCACAUGCCAGUUCAGAUGUGUAUAAUUAAACAUUGCACAUUCUAAGUGGAUUGCCAGUUAGUAAAAUGGUCCUUCCGAAGUCGUGACUCUACUUAGGGAGUUGCUAAAAUAGUUAUUUCUAUCUUACAUUAUGAUAUCAGGAAAACACCUAAUAUUGGGACAAACUACAUCUUCUAGUUAGAGAAAUCUUGUAUCCAUUGAUAUUUGAAGGAUCUAAGAGGCUAGAAAGGCUAACUCACACUAUCCAUCAUGCACUGCUUUGGCAGCCAUUUUUGAUGCAAGAAAAAGAUAAAACAUUUGUCAAAUUCGUUGGCAGUCAUAAAUGUUCCUGCACCAUUACAGCAUUAUCAAAGUCAAACUAUUAAACAUAAACCUCUAAGUAAGAAUUUUCUGUAUUUUUUUACCAAUGAAAUCAGCAAUUUUGCAAUGCAUUUCUUGGCAGGUGGGUUAGCCUUUUUUUUAAAAAAAAGCAUACGCUAUUGAAAAUUAGUCAAACAUUUUGAUAGGUGUGAUUUUAUAAAUGCACGAUUUUAUGCUCAAAAAGUGCUUAGAUAUUUUAUAGAAAGCUUUUCGCACAUCAAGCAUAUAUAAUUGAAGCUUAAAAAAAGUAAAAUGAAAUUUUUUUUUGGAUAAAAUGGAUUUGAGUAUACUGUAAAAACCAGUUUAUCCAUUACACGUUCUUAAGCACAACAUCGCUUUUUAUAUAAUUAUUUCAAAGAAAUGUAAUUAAUAAAUAUCUUUAUUUCUAUUUUUACAAAUAAAUCUUUAUACGUAAAUAUACUAAAAUUGUGAGUGGAGUAAUUUCAAUGAAAGUGACCUAUUGUACUUAUUCUGAGGGAGAGAAAAAAAACAAGAAUCGAC